AUGACAACCGCAGCCAUCGCAACACGCGCAGCUUGCGGGCCAGCGGUGCUGUUGCUGAGCAGCGUCCAUCGCAGAGACAGCGGGCCUGGCGAGUGCGGCAGCGGCCGACAGGCGGGCUUACGUCAGCGGCCGUCGCUGAGGCGCGUCUACAGGCACAACGGCCGUGCAUGCGGCGUGUCACGUGGCCUCGAGCCUGCUUUGUGCAUGCGGCGGCUCUCGGCCGAGAGACGUUUGCGUCUUCCGGCCAGCAUACCCACUGGCGUCCUGAUACUUCAUGGCGCCAGAUGCUGCGAAAGUGAAUUUGGCGCGAAUUCCAGCGUCCUGGGGCGUCGUGGCAGCGCGGAGUUUUGCCGGACGGGCGUUUGGAGCGUGCUAAGCCUGUUGAGCUUGCUGAGCUCGCUGAGCUCGCUGAGCUUGAAAUGGACCCCCCACCACGAGUUUCUCACCCCACGUUUUCCCGCAUUUUCUGGCUACACAGCAGCCUGUAGAACUGCCAAUUGUGGCGCGACGCGCUGUCCGGUGUGUCGGGGUUUUCAUGUGCGUCGCGCUCCAUGCAGCGGUCCCCUAAUAGCACAUAGGGAAGCUGUCAGCUGUGUGAAUAUUGUCGCCCGCUCGCUAAAGUAA